AUGAGACAAGGAAAAUGUCAUUUAGAGGAACAUUUGGAAGAACAUGAAGAAGAUGAAAGUUCUACAAAGGAUGGACCAAGCAGCGAAGAAUGUCAUGUCACAGAGAUGCCAAACACCGAUCAUGACUACUGUGUGGAGCCCAUGACUACUGAGGAGCAGCUUGUAGCUGCACGGGAGGAAAUUUCUCGUCUGUCUGCAGAAAAUGAAGCACUCAAAAGUCAGCAGUUUGGCAUUCAGAAUUUUAUGGGUAAUCCAAAACUCAUCCAGUUUUACACUGGGUUCCCGGACUAUGACACUUUAAGAGCAGUUUUCUUGGCUCUACAGCCCACAGCACAGACCAUGGCCUCAUGGGCUCAAGUGCAAAGAACUAGUGGAACUAACCAACACACACUGAGGGUUGGAUUCCAGGCACAACAUCUCUCCCUGUUUAAUCAAUUUUUCAUGUUUCUUUGCCGGAUUAGACUGGGCCUUCUUGAACAAGACCUUGCUCUGCGUUUCAAUGUUUCACAAAGUACAGUCAGUCGAAUCUGUGUUACCUGGGCAAAUUAUUUGUACUUCAUGCUGGGGAGUCUGCCUAUAUGGCCAAGUAGAGCUGCAGUUGAUGAACUUAUGCCAGAGUAUUUUAAAUCUCUCUACCCCAAAACCAGAGUCAUCCUGGAUUGUACUGAAGUUCGAGUCCAAACUGCCAGCUCAAAGGUACUGAACUCUGAGACUUACUCGCACUACAAAGGCACAACUACACUCAAAUCUCUGGUGGGAAUUUCCCCAGAUGGGAGCAUGACUUUUGUCAGCAGUCUCUACACAGGAAGCAUCUCUGAUAAAGAGAUCACCAAGUCAUCUGGCAUUUUGAAUCUUCUUGAAGAGGGAGAUGCUGUGAUGGUAGAUAAAGGCUUUCUAAUUAAAGAUGUACUUGAUGAAAUUCAUGCCACAGUGAUAAUCCCCCCUUUUCUUGGCCCAAGUGGCCAGUUCAGCCAUGAAGAACUCGCACACACACACAACAUUGCACGUCUAAGGAUACACAUUGAACGGGCCAUUCGUCGCAUCAAGGAAUAUCACAUUUUCGAUCGGGUGAUUCCACUUUCAUUGGCUGGUUCAGUGAAUCAGCUCUGGACUGUAUGUGGAAUCCUCACAAAUUUUCAGGGUCCACUGUUUUGA